GUUUUUUUCUCUUCCCUCAACUCUUUUUUGCUACGCAACCAGGCAAAUCGAUCGCACGCCCACGCCCACGCCCACGCAGCGCCCGCACCCACAAUUCAACCACCAAACCGGGACCUGGCCUUGUGCUGCACGUAUUCUGCACGGCCAACUCGCCCGCCUGCCCACCCGGUCGGUAUUCUGUCCAGUCUGUCCAGUCUAUCCAGGACGUGGUAUCGUCGUCACUGCCACGUCGUUCCACCACAAUAACCACCCUGCCCACCAAGAGGUUUGUGAGACAGGCUGCACGCGUUAAGGACCCACGGGCCAAGGGGGGAAAAUAAGAGGAACUGUGAACAACUCUCGGACCCAGCGAGCUGAGCCCGUCGCACCUGUCCGUUGUUCUGUCUAUCGCCUGUCAUUCAAUCGAUCGGCCCGUCUCUUUAGUUAGCCAGCCAGCCAGCACCCAGCCGGACUAACAGCCCCGGCCCCCAGUCGCUCCCAUUCCCUCGGCCUGUGUCACCUUACUCCUCCCGAGAGGAGUGACCUCAUGAGGACAUUUUAACUUUCUUCCCUCUAACCCACCUACCUCCUCUUUGCGACGCUCCUUCUUGUCCCAUUUCGUCAUCGCCCUCGCCCGCCCUCAUUCGUGCCAGAUCAACCACUUCCUCCACCACAACAAUGGCUGGCGAUAGCGACUCCAAGUCGCCCAAAACAACCAAUGCUACCACAAACCGCCCAGAUGCCGCGGCCGACUCCAAGCCCUCAGAGAUCGUAGCGAAGACGGAACCGACCAACGGCGAACCUGCUAAGCCGCUCGCGCCACCUCCGCGUCCCAACCCGGCGGCGGCAAAGGGGAAUACGCCAGAUUAUUUCGGCUUAUCAGGCCCUGGAGGCUCGUUGAACCAGGAGCCCAACCCCUUCGAGAGGUCAUUCGGUGGUGACCCUACACUCGGCGCCAACGGUGGUCCUCCCGAGACCCCAGGAGGCACCAAGCUGCCUCCUGUUGCUGCCAUCACCUCGCCGUCGUCGCUGCUGCCCGGUACUGGGUCGACGCCAUUCAACUGGGGCGGUGGAUCGCUACGAACUGGGCCGCUCAGCCCAGCCAUGCUGUCAGGCCCUCAGACCGACUACUUUGGCGACCAAUUCCGCGGUGGCUUUCCUACGCCAAAUGAGUCCUCCCUCCGGACUGGUUUGACCCCUGGCGGGAGUGGAUCUAUGUUCCCUGUGGUCGGCAGCCCUAACACGGCUGCUAUAUUCAACCUGGCUGGUGGUGGUGCCACCCCUAGCACUGUUGACUUCCACCGCACCGCGAUGAGGGCAGCUGCCGCUGAGAGAGAACAACAAGCCCAACAGCCGUUACCUGCGACGUCACAGCCACAGGAGCUUAGCAACGGUGCACCCGCUGUAAAGUCCGAGGCCAAGCCUGCUGGACCUUUUGAUAACCACGACAACGACGCCGCCAACGGCCUCUUUAUGUUGGCGCAAGGCAGGAACGGCGCCCAGCAACAGAGCCAGUACCCCUUACCGCCUCAGCCAGCAGAUCACGGCCACCCGGCUCCUGCUGUCCAGCACCCCAACUCCAACAUGAAUGGAAAUUCCACUCAUAAUGGCCGAGGGUCUCGUGGUGUUAGUGAAGCCGCAAGCGCGCAGUCAGAUGAGAGCGAGCAUGCCCGGCCAAACACCAGGGGCAAAGGAAAACGCAACUCGAGCUCUGGAGCUGCCACGACAAAUGGCAGGCGAAAGGCGGAUGAGGCCCCUGCCAAGGCCCCUGCAAGUAAGAAGGCGAAGACUAACAGCGUCGACGCGCCGCCGUCUGUCAACUCUGACGAGCAAGGGGAGGAUGACUCUGACCAUGAUGAUAUUGGUGGAGACAACAAGCCAAAGCACAAGAUGACUGAGGAAGAGAAAAGGAAGAACUUCCUUGAGCGUAACCGUGUGGCCGCCCUCAAAUGUCGUCAGCGCAAGAAGCAGUGGCUGGCAAACCUCCAAAACAAGGUCGAUCUCUACCAGACAGAGAACGACCAACUGACACAGCAGAUUGCUGCUCUCAGGGAGGAGGUUGUCAACUUGAAAACGCUGCUGCUGGCACAUAAAGACUGCCCUGUGACGCAACAACAGGGACUCCAAGGUGCCUAUAUGGCGGGGAUGGAGCCAUACAACGCCCAGAUGAACCCGUACGGGAUGGCUGCACCAAUGCCAAAUCACCAGAUGAUGCCUGCGCAAGCAGGUCAGCGCCGCUUCUCAUAGCCGAGGGUUCGCCUGGCGGGAUGCAAGUCCCCUACGCUGUGUGCAAGGAAAGGCUCGCGAUUCGGAUGUAACAUAUUUAUUUCUUCACGGUGACAUUCCCUGGCUUAGCGGGCAUUGGCUGUAAAAAGUAUACGGAGCAGUCCACCACAAGGGGACAAAGGGGGAAGGAACCAAGGUGUCUCUGUUUCACGGUUCAAGGGCAUACAUACGGAAAAGGGGGCGUUCUCGGUGUGGUCUGCACAGUCUAUUUGUGGCGUUAUGGGCGGUGUUCGAGAUGGUCUGGAUUCUCAGGCCUAGGUUUAUGAUAUUGCACGCAGGUGUCGGCUGCGGCUACUGUCGUCUGUCGCGAGAAUUCUGUGCCUGGCCUCGAGAACUCGAUAGCAGCAUAUGGCAAGUCAAGGUCAACGGGACCCGAGAUUUUUGAGUUCUACGAAGCAACAGCAACACGUGUCUUUCCUCUAGCGCUAUAUAAUGGAUUUCAGUUAUUGUCUGCGA